GUCCCGCCGCCCGUGGUUCGCGGCAGCCGAUCGUGCUCUCGAAGCAGCUCUUCAGGAGCUCGCGUCGCGGUUCCUCGCGCUCUGCGCUUAUGCAAGCUCUUAACCUUAAGUGACGACUGUCAAUUUCCUGCAUCCCUAUCCUGCAGUUCUACUAGUGUACGGACAACUCAUACUUGCAGCGGUGGGCGCUGCUGCAGUAGUGGACGUGGCAGCAGCAGCAGUAUUGGCUGACGCAGCGGUUGCCGAGACUGGACGAAAGACGUUGCGAUUAGAAAUGAAAGCCGGUGGAGGCCACGAUCACACUGCGCAAAACCAGGGACCUCUGAACAGCGAGACCAUCAAACCACCACCCGCAAGAUGCCUCCUCCACCAACGAAAGUGGGCAAGGCCUUGCAAGGCGGCUACCAUCUACUCGGGCGCAUGAAAGACUACUAUUUCGGGCCACACGGCAAGUCGAUACACCCCUGCUUGUAGAACAAUAUCAAGUUUCUGCAUUUGACUUUCCAUGCCUUGGCACCACCCACUCUUCACUCGAUCAUCAACUAACAUGGCCUGGUUUACAGAAGCGCCGCCUGCCAUCUCCGAGCGAACAGCCCUGCUCUGUGGCUUGCUCUUUACUGCAAUCUUCAUCGCGCCAUUCUACCUCAGCCCAACACUCCGCGCCACACCACUAGCCUCACGAGAUGCCCCAGCUGUCAUCAAAGCACGAAUUCGGGCAGUUGGCCUGACUUGUAUUGCCUCGACCGUUAUUGCCGUCUACGUUCUGGUGUCUCGGGGCCAUGCAACACCACGAGACGUCCUCCGCCUGCUUGGUGUCUGGCCGGUAGACUUUCUCGAUUGCGCCAGGACACUAGCGUUGCUAUCGGUUCUCUUCAUAGGACCCUUGUACGAAACCAUCCUCGUCGAUUCUGGAUGGAGACUAUGGAACCUCGCGACCUUCAGAGAAAAGUUCUUCACCGAUCUGCGAGGUCUAAGGAACAAUGUCGUGGCGCCAUGGGCCGAAGAAUGGGUGUUCAGAUCGCUGGUCAUAUCACUGUACCUCCUGGCUAAGGUGUCGCCGCAACGAAUCAUAUUCACGACACCUCUCAUCUUUGGAGCGGCUCAUGUUCAUCACCUGAUUGAGUUCGUCCGAAAUGGGAAUGCACCACUGGGACAGGUCAUCCUGAUAGGACUUGUGCGCAGUUUGUUUCAGCUGACAUAUACGACGAUCUUCGGCUUCUUUGUUGCAUUUGUGUAUCUGCGCACUGGCAACGUAUUCGCGGCAGUCACGGCGCAUACCUUCUGCAAUUUUAUGGGAUUCCCAAGAAUGAUGGGUAGAGUGGGACAAGUGGAAUACGAGGGAUACGAAGUGACACCCGAUGUUGCGCAGGGAAAGCGGGAUGAUGGUGCGAAUGAGGUGAAGUUGUCGAGCAUUCACCAGCCGCAGAAUGUGCGCAAUAUUGGGAUUCAGUGGACAAUAGUCUACUACAUGCUACUCGUUGCGGGCUCGUAUGGCUUUUAUGAGCUGCUGUGGCAGUUGACGGAAAGUCCAAACGCUCUAGCCUCGAUAUAACCAUCGAAUUCAUCUGUUACCCCUCGGCCAUGCCGUCUGGGGGAG